AUGAACGCCACAUCUUCCAGGUCACAUGCGGUCUUCACCUUGCAGGUGCGGAUGGUGACGUCUCGGCCUGGCGGACACACUGAGAGCCAGGCGAAGAUGCACUUCGUGGACUUGGCUGGAAGUGAAAGGCAGAAAAAGACCGGAGCGGCAGGAAACUGUGAGCACCCUGGAGUUCGCAGCCAGAUGUAUGUAAGUCUUCGAAACAAUCCUAGUGGAACGGUGAGUGGCUGGGAUGGAGAUCCUGGACCAGCAGGUCAUCUCAUUUUUCAAGAGAGGGAAGGCCACUAUCUCAUCUCAACAGAGCACUUGCCACGCAACUUCUUUCGGCUCGUGAAGGAUGAAUUUGGCAGCUAUUUGCAUGCUAUUGGAAAGCGCGGAGAGCCUGGCCGUGCGGGCCAAUUCGUCAUCGAGGAGAUGCCUGGAUACUUGCUCAUAUCAUCCAAGCAGUGGCCGGAAUGGUUUCUCUUUGUGGAUGAGCUUGGCAGGUUGCGCGCAGAACCUGGUGAUCCUGGCAGCAAAGGGCAUUUCCUCUUGAACAGAAAGAUUCCACAGGACUCAGAUGCACCGGGGCUUCCGCCAAUCAUCCAAACCAUGUACCUUAUCCACAACAAAGACCGUGAACAUGCGGCAGCUAUGUCAUUGCUCAGCAAUCAAAAAGAAGAGGUGCGCGCGCGUGAAGUGGCGGUGCUAAAUGCACAGAUGGCCAGCGAGCGUGCCGCCUCCGAGGCGACCCUCCACGAUACCAACCGAGAGCAUGAAGAGACAUGUGCGGAUUUGCAUCAACAGAUGGAAAGAGAAAGGCAAGCAGCACAGUCGGUUUUAGAAGAACGGGACCGAGCACAUGCGGAAGAGACAUCAAGACGAGACCUGGAAUUCGCAGAUGCUUUGGCUGCGCUCCGCCGUGACAUGGACGAAGAGCGUGCUGCCAUGGCAGCUGCCAUGCAUCGUCUUGAGCAGGAGCAUGCCCAAGAGGUUGAAACUCUUAAGGAGCUCCACAAGGAUGAGCUUUGCGCAACUGUGGAAGCAAAGGAUGCCUUUCUCCGAACUUCUUUAGACUCGCAGAGAAGAGAGUUGGAGGCAGUGCGAGAGGCACAGGUCUCCGAGGUGAGGGCUGAGCUGGAGCAGGAGAGAAGCUCAUCAGCCAGAACUCUCCAAGAGAAGGAACUUUGGUAUACAGUGCAGAUCCGUGCGAUUGGCUCUGCGAAAGACAAGCUUUACGAUGAUAUGGUUGUUGAGAAAGAUGAGAAGUAUACGGCCGCUGUCAUAGAAGAGCAGCUCAGACAGGAGAAGCUUCAAAGAGAAGAGCUCUGUCGUCAGCUCCAGGCUUUGGAAGAAAAGCAGAAGGCUGCAGAACGAGCACUGGAGGAGAAGAAGGAGAUUGAAGAAAGGCUGAGGCAAAGCUUCAUGUUAGCCUUAGACGAGAAACAAUGGACCGAGGCUGAGAAGGAGCAACUCCGCCAGGAGAAGGAGACCGCAGUGAAGACUGAGGCUGUUCUCAGCAAACGUUUGGCUGAGCUUGCUCAGCAGGAGCAGCAGCAUCGUGAAGAGGCAAGAAAGGAGUUAGAACUGCGGUGUCGCCUUGAAGAAGAAUGGAAGCAGCAAAAGGACCGAGAAGCUGAGCUCCAAGCGCAGCUGGAUGCACUGAAAGGAUUUCAAGAGAGCAUUGCCCUGGAUGAGUCGCAACUGGCUGCAAAGCGUCAGGAGCAGCAACGUCAGAGAGAGGCAGAACUUGCGAAGCUGGGGAUGCAUUUUGUCGGGAUGGAUCUUGACGAUGUGCCAAAGGCACCAAAGCUUGUCAAUUUGCACCCUGACCCUGCUCUAAAGGGCUGCCUGGUGUACUACCUGCCAAUGGGUGAGACUCGGAUCGGCGCUGACCCAGUGCGCUGUCGUGUGGCGCUUUCCGGCCUCAACGUGGCUUCAGAGGUUUGUGCAGUGGAAAAUGCAGACAAUGUGGCACUUUCCGUCAGAUCGCUGGGCGCAGGGUUGGUGCGAGUUAAUGGAUGCAUGGUUCCAGAGGCUGGCAGGUCGCUGCAAGAUGGUGACAGGCUUGCCAUUGGCCGUGCCUACAUUUUCCGAGUACAGGUUCCAGAAGCUGGAGCAGCAAAAGUGGAAGUCCUUUCCCAAACUUUUCUGGACGACUCUGGUCUGGUUGUAGUCUUUCUUUCCAAGGCUCCUUCGGAUGACUUUGAGCACGCGGUGGAGGAGAUUUCAGCAUGUGCCCAAAUCAAUCCUGAAUGGGAGAAUGGCGUUCAAAAGGCCUUGCUAUUGGUGAAGAGCGAUUUUGGGGAUGAAGCUGCCAGCAAGCUGCUUGAGCAGGCCGGUGUCGAAGUUCUACAACCUUUCCUAAAACGUUCGAUGUUAUUUUUUCUAAAAAGAACCAAAUCAAGGACGCUUUACUGA